AGCUUAAUGACGCAAUAACCGCCCGUGACGCCACCCUGAUCCGUGCCGCCAUCUUGCGGAUAGAUAAACACGGGUUAAGAGAUGAAUAUGAAAAGGAAGUGACGUUUGGGGAGAAAAUAAUCGAAGAAUUGGAGCGAAAACGCGAUGAUGACGUACUUCCGGUGGAAAACGAUCCACACGCAGAUAUUCGCGCUCGACUACAAACAGCAUUGUUACGUCAGAUAUUGAAGAAGUGAAAUCUUUGAUUCUAGAAUAUCAACAAGGGAAUAUGGACGAUGAUGACGUCAUAAUUCAAGCGCGCGACGUUGUGUUACGUCACCAACUAAGAGAAGCGCUCCAUACGUCCAUGCACACCAAGGAUAUAAACAACAUACAACAAGCUAUAGAUGACGUAGAUGGUGCGAGGAUGCGUGACGUCAUGAAUGAUGACGUUAUACAGGCCGAGGAGCUUAUUCGAAUCCUUCAAGCGGAACGCGACGCAAAAGCGCGAUUGCUUCUACGUAAGAAAGAACUCGCCCGAGCGAUAAAACCCCCCGAUGUGAUAACACCAGUUGAAAAACCUGACGUCACACCUGUGGUAAAUGACGUCAUAAUACCUAUUGUCGACGAAAGAGAAGCGGAAGUCGCUAUGAUGAAACAAUUGCUAGCCGAAGCGAUGACGUCAAAUAACGUCACAAUGCUGGAAAUCGCGAUGCAGCGAAUAUUAGAUGCCGGUCUGUAUGACAUCAUGAAGGGGUUGUUUGAUGACGCAACAAUGACGUUGGAAUUAUGGAAAGAUCGAAUCGCGUUCAAGAAAAGCGUGGCCGAUAUACCGGCGAGGUAUGUAUCUGAAGUACGCAGUUACACCAACCCGCCACCAGGGGUACAUCACGUGAUGCAAGCUACAUUUAUAUUACUUGGGUUUAAUGAAAGUCAACUUAAGACAUGGAAAGACGUUCAAUCCCGGUUGGGCAGAGGUGGUACCGAUUCAUUCAGAUAUCGUGUUGUUAAACGAAGCGUGUCACAAAUUAACCAAUCAGAGAUCGAGAGAGCGCGAGAGAUUCUUUAUGACAUCACAAUAGACGACGCACAAAAUUUAAGUUUGUUGGUUAAUUUAUUUUACAGAUAUUGCCAGGCAACAAUGGAGGAGUGGGACGCCAACAUAGAUAACUUAUAGUUCAACAAACGUUGAUCAUGUCAUUCAAAUCGUUACGUCAUCAUGACGUCAAACAUUCAUUAUUUCCACAUAUUGUUAUUUUCCAAAAUCGACCACCCGCUGGAGGCGGAAGAGAACAUAUUGUUUACAUCACGUGACUCAUUAUGACGCAUCAAUCAAUCGACGCCCACGCUGUUAACGACAUUUCCGAGUUAAACACGUGUUUUUUGUUUUGGCGCCAACAUACCAAUGUAUUGUGACGCAAGGACGCGUUGUGACGCAACUAUCGCCAUUGUUUUAAUCACAAGAUCGUUUGUUAGACAACAAACAAUACAAAAUAUCGGUCAAAACAAAAUCAUCUGAUUUACAAAUUGUUGGAAAAUAAUGGAUUUAAAGCGUUAUUAUGACGUCACUAUGAGCAUGAGUCUUCGGCCGCUAAGAACGCAAUCAUUGUGGACUUAAAUGAAACACAAGGACUCGUUCUUUUACAGAAAGAUCCUCAGAAACACUUGUUAAACCACUUAUACAAACUUUCUACACAAAACAUGGGUGUACCGUGUAGAUACAUUCGCUUAUCAGUUCGUAUCUAAUUUACUGGGAUUCUACAACUUUAAGACGCGAAGAAUCGAUUCAAAUUUAAUGUUUUAGUUGAAAUUAUGUGUAUAGGAACUAUUCAACAUACAUUAUUAAACGUCAUGUCUUAAAGUUAAGUAGUUUA